AUGGCAGCUGUCGCAGUUCCGAACUCCCAGGAGGGGCGUUUGCCGCUCUUGCAUAAGAAACCCUUGUUGGACAACCACAUCGAAGUCAUUGAGACGGAACUACCCGCGAUUGAGACGCCAGAGGUAGUUAAUCUCGAAGAUCAAUUUGAACCCGUAAUUGAGAACUUGAAACUCGCCCCCGAAUUCGUUUCUCCUCUUGCCUGGACUGGUUCGGAUUACAAGGAUGAUACCAAGUACACCAUCACCUUGACCGAGACCGAGAUCCAGGAGAUCAAGGACGGCCUUACACAUUUCAAGAGCUUGUGCAAGUGGGGUGACGAGAUCUCUCCCGAGACCUUCCCGCUUCCAACUCUCAAAAGCAAGUUGAAAGAGCUCAAGGAUGAGAUCUUCGAGGGAAGGGGCUUCUUCGUCCUCCGUGGCCUUGAUCCAGUCCAACUCUGCAUCGAAGACAAUAUCCUAAUUUAUAUUGGCGUUGCAAAGUACAUUGCCGGCCUCAUAGGCAAGCAGGAUGAUGGGGGUCAUGUCCUUGGCCACGUCCGCGACGCUGCUGAGUCCGAUGUCAAGGACCACCUCAGGCCGCAUCGUGAUUCAAAGCUUCCGCUGACAUUUCACACGGACGGAUACGCCGAGGUCCUAGGCAUGCAGGCACUCAAUGUGGGCGCCACUGGUGGUCAACACCUUAUCUCAUCUUCUUGGACCAUCUACAACCAUCUCCUGCGUACCCACCCUGAAAUGCUCCGCCUGCUCCUCGCUCCGGAGUGGAAAUUCUACCACACAAAUGGAUGGCUUGAGGAGGGAAUUCCCCGCCCGCUGUUUUAUCUGCAGAGCAACCGACUUAUCACCAACUUUGCCCGAUACCCCCUGCUGGGGCGAUCUGGCGUCCCAAUAUCAGAAGCUGGGUCAAGAACUUGCACUUCCGCGCAGGUCGAAGUUCUUGACAAGCUUGAGGCUCUCGCACGUGAAAAUCGACUCGAAUUGGACCUGAAGCCUGGCGACAUGUUGUUCUUGAACAACUUGGCCAUCGUGCACUCGCGGGAAGCAUUCGAGAAUGACCCGGAAGCGGGAAAGGUGAGGCACCUGGUGCGUCUGUGGAUGCGUAAUGAAGAGAAGGCAUGGGAGCUGCCGAAAGAGCUCAAAUUUGGUCGGGACAAGGUGUUCUACAACGAAGAGUUAGAAGAGAGCUGGAAUAUCACACCGCAGCCACGUCUGAGGUUCAAGAUUUUUGAGACCUUGUAUCCAUGA